AUGGCGAUCGAAGCCGCGCGCCUCUCCCCUUCCCUCGCCGCCGCCGCCGCCUUCCUCGGCCGCCGCUCUCCUCCCACAGCCCCUUUACUCCGCCGCCUAUGCCUCCUCCUCCCCCGCCGCUCCCUCCUCGCCAGCGCCAGCACCUCCUCCUCCCGCGCCUCCUCGGGCGGGAACGGCCGCGUCGUCGCCCUCUCCUCGUCGGAGCUCCGCAAGCGCCGUGGCUCGACAUCCUCCACACCCACGCCCGGAGAGGACGAUAAGCUGCGCUCGCUUCGUCGCCUCUUCGCGCGCCCGGACAUUGCAAUCGACGCCUACAUCGUUCCCUCCCAGGAUGCCCACCAGAGUGAGUUCAUUGCGGAAUGCUUCAUGAGACGUGCCUACCUGACUGGCUUUACUGGUAGUGCUGGUACAGCCGUGGUCACAAAAAAUAAUGCUGCUUUUUGGACCGAUGGCCGGUAUUUUCUUCAGGCUGAAAAGGAAUUGAGCCAUGACUGGACACUACUGCGGAGUGGAAAUCACGGUGUUCCAACCACUAUUGAGUGGUUGAAUGAUGUCUUACCAUCUGGUUCUCGAGUUGGUAUUGACCCGUUCCUUUUCUCAUCUGAUGCUGCUGAGGAAUUGAAGGCUGCUAUUUCUGACAAGAAUCAUGAGUUAAUUUUGAUUAGAGAUUUUAACCUGGUUGAUGAGAUAUGGGGCGGAUCAAGGCCAGCGCCCCCAAAAGAACCUACCAGGGUGCAUGCCAUCAAGUAUGCUGGUGUUGACGUUGCAUCGAAGUUAUCUUUUGUCAGAUCACAGCUUGAUGAAAAUGGGUGUGACACUGUGGUUAUUUCAAUGCUUGAUGAGGUUGCAUGGUUGUUAAACAUGAGAGGAAGUGAUGUUCCACAUUCACCUGUAUUCUAUAGCUACUUGACUGUGGAGAUGAGCACUGCUACAUUAUUUGUAGAUAGCAACAAAGUAUCUGAAGAGGUAUUGGAACACCUCAAGAAAGCUGGAGUGAAGUUAAAAUCAUAUGAAGCAAUUUUAUCUGAUGUAGAAAGGCUGGCAGAAAAGGGUGCAAAACUGUGGUUGGAUUCUUCAAGUGUGAAUGCUGCCAUAGUCAGUGUAUUUAGAUCUGGUUGUGACAGAUACAUGAGAAAAAGAGGAAAGACAGGGCGGCAAAUUGGCAAAGAGGCAUCUUCAGAUGAUCCGACCACCAAAAAGCGUGGUGUUCAGAAUAUGGAGUUAAACGGUCUCUAUAAAGCCUCACCAGUCACCCUUGCCAAAUCAGUUAAAAAUGAGGCAGAAAUUAGAGGAAUGAAGAACUCACAUCUAAGAGAUGCUGCUGCUUUAGCAGAAUUCUGGUGCUGGAUAGAGGAGGAAGUUCAUAACAAUGUGGCUCUUACAGAAGUGCAAGUUGCAGAAAAUCUUCUUGGAUUUCGCCGAAAGCAAGAUGGUUUUAUAGAGACAAGCUUCGACACUAUUAGUGGUUAUGGUGCAAAUGGUGCUAUAAUACAUUACAACCCAACUCCGGAUAGCUGCAGUUCUGUUGGAAGUGACAAUCUCUUUUUGUUAGAUAGUGGUGCUCAAUAUGUUGAUGGAACGACUGACAUUACAAGGACAGUUCAUUUUGGUGAGCCUUCCCCGAGGCACAAGGAAUGCUUCACAAGGGUUUUGCAGGGCCAUAUAGCUCUAGAUCAGGCAGUAUUUCCAGAAAGAACUCCAGGUUUUGUGCUAGAUGUUCUGGCACGAUCAUCUCUCUGGAAGAUUGGGCUUGAUUACAGACAUGGCACAGGUCAUGGAGUUGGAGCUGCACUCAACGUCCAUGAGGGCCCACAGAGCAUAAGCUAUCGAUAUGGAAACUUGACAGCUUUACAGAAGGGCAUGAUUGUAAGCAAUGAACCUGGUUAUUAUGAAGACGACUCAUUUGGCAUUCGUAUCGAGAAUCUGCUUCUGGUGAAAGAGGUUAAUUUAGCCAAUUCUUUUGGCGGCAUCUCAUACCUGGGCUUUGAGAAGCUAACUUUUGUUCCGAUUCAGAGAAAGCUUAUUGACUUACCCUUGCUAUCACCUUCGGAGAUAAAUUGGGUCAAUGAAUACCAUGAACAAGUUUGGGAAAAGGUUUCCCCAUUCUUGAGUGGCAAUCCUCUCAACUGGCUGUUGGUUAACACAAGGCCUCUCUAG